AUGUCCCUGCGUCGAAAGAGGAUCGACUUUGACACCGCAUUCGAUGAAUUCAAGCGGGACCUGGUCAAGAUGUUUGACUUUUCAGGAACUGGCUCUGUCUCUGGCAUGGGCAUGUACCAGCUUGUAUACGAUAUCUGUACUGCUGUGCCCCGACCAUUUUUCGAGAAAUUGUAUUGCGCAAUCGCUGAAUUUCUGUGUGAAUAUGCUGCAGGAGUGCGAAUGGCCAUUUUGAGUCACGACGAGAUUGUACCCAUUUAUGCCGUCUACUGGAAAAAGUACUCUAUCGCCACCGGCUAUCUCAAUUCCAUCUGUGAAUACUUGAACGGGCGGAUCGUCAACCAGCGCCGGGUUCCAGGUGUGAGCGAGAGGCGGCUGUUUGUCGGCACCACCAACUAUCCUCGCCAGGACGUGCAGGCUCUCGCCAACCAAAUCUGGAGAGACCAUGUCAUUCUGGAAAUCAAGCAUCGCAAACACAACAGGAUCCUCUAUCAGAUUUUUGAAACGAUUCGUCAGGAUCGUGAGGGCCAGCCAGUCAACUAUUCGGUUGUUCAGGAGGCAAUUCUUUCCCUUGUCGCUCUGAACUCAAGGACGGAUCAACCCCUGGAACUGUAUAUCGAGGAGUUCGAAACACCAUACAUUGCCCAGAUCAAGGCAUACUACGGACAGGAGAGCAGCAUCAAACUGUCCAACUGUUCUAUAUCUCAGUACAUGAGGUCGGCUAUCGAGAGACUCGCCCAGGAAGGCAUCCGCAACAGCCGCUACUGCCAUCCAACAUCGCACGCACGGAUUAUUCAAGAAUGCGAGACUCAGUACAUCUCCAACCAUAAGACAAGCAUUCAGACAGAGUUUGAGAAGAUGAUUGCCAAUCAUAAAACUGAAGACUGCAACAUGGCGUACUCGUUACUGUCCAGGAUAGAGGACGGCAUCACCCCUUUGCUAUGGUCCUUUGAAAAGUACAUUACGACAGUUGGAAAGGAAAUUAUUCUCAACCUAGGCACCAGCAUCACUAAGGAUCCACGCGAAUAUGUUGAGAGGUUGAUUGACUUACAUACAAAGUACACCGAGAUCUGCUCCAAGGUCUUCAAGAACGAUGCGGCGUUUGUUGCGGCAUUGGACAAGGCAUUCAGGACUAUUGUGAACGACACUGCGACCAACACUGCCGCCCGUUCACCAGAGGUUAUUGCACGAUACACUGAUACCAUGCUCAGGAAGAAGCAAAAGACUGGACUCUCGGAAUCGGAGAUUGAAGACAGACUAUCUCGAGUGGUGAUUUUGUUCAAGUACAUCGAUGACAAGGAUCUCUUCCAAAAGUUUUAUUCUCGUGUGCUUGCCAAGCGUCUGAUCUUUGACUCGUCCCUUUCAGCGGAAGCAGAGGCCAGCAUGAUCUCACGCCUCAAGAGUGCUUGUGGUGUGGAGUACACCUCAAAACUUCAGAGGAUGUUCACGGAUAUGACCAUUAGCACGGACUUGAACACAGGAUUCAAGGAGUGGCUUCAAGGGAACGAUUACAGUAACGGACUCGACUUUAGCAUUUUGGUGCUCACUGCGGGCUCUUGGCCAGUCAACUCGACUCAACCCUUGGAAUUUCAGUGCCCUGCAGAGCUGGAGAAGAGUAUUACCAACUUUACGACAUUUUACGAUAACCGGCACAGUGGACGGAAGCUGAGCUGGUUCUGGCAUUGGUGCAGAGCGGAUGUGAGAGUCAAUUACCUUGACAAACGGUACGAACUGUCUCUUUCGCUCUAUCAAUUUGCGGUUUUGGCAGUAUUCAAUGCAGGCGAUUCAUUUACGGUGACAGAGAUUCGGGAGCAGACAAAGCUGAUAGAGUUUGAGCUACUCCGUGUAGUCAAGUCACUGGUGGAAGCAAGUUUGUUGAUCCAGAGUAACGCAGAUUCCAACUUGGAGCUGUCAUCGGUAUUGCGACUCAAUAUGGCAUUUUCGAACAAGCGGACGAAACUCAAGAUCAGCGGAGGCCUCCAAGCGGACACACCUCAGGAGACGACGGCGACGAUCAAAGCGGUGGAUGAGGACCGGCGACUGUGUAUCCAGGCGUCGAUUGUCAGGAUUAUGAAGUCGCGUCGGGUGCUUUCACACAUGCAGCUGGUUCAGGAGGUGAUUGAGCAGUGCAAGACGCGGUUUGCGCCGAAUGUGCCUAUGAUCAAGAAGUGCAUCGAGCAGCUGUUGGACAAGCAGUAUAUUGAGCGUGCGGAGAACAGUUUGGACAGAUACGUCUAUGUCACCUAA